CAGGAAGUGAGUGACAGAGAUGACAAUGACCAAGGUGAAGAAUACAAUGGUGCAGGAUCAAGAUCAGCUUCCCGCUCACGGUCUCGUUCAAAGUCCCGUUCCAGGUCACAUUCUAGAUCUCGCUCAAGAUCCCGUUCACGAUCCCGUUCUCGCUCACGGUCAGGCUCAAGGGGCAGAUCAAGGUCAAGAAGUCGGAGCCGUUCACGCAAGCAUCGUUCCCCAUCUCGUAGUAGGUCACGUUCCCGUUCUAAGAAAAGGAAAAGAUCUUACUCACGAUCCCGAUCGCGGUCUCGUAGUCCAUAUCACUACAGGCAUAGAAGGUAGCUAUAAAAAAAGAUUCAGUUUAUUUAUAGUUGUAAUGAUAGGGAGUUAAUGCAACAACCAUAUCAAUGGUAGUGAAAUUUUGGCAUUCUUUCCAAAUUGUUGAUAAUUCUAAAGUGCUCAAGUUGUGGGGUGUUCUUUGGGACUUCAUCCAAUUUCAGAAAGAGAAAAAAGACUUUUUUUCUCAGUCAGCUCACAUCCCCCAUAAGCUAUCGCUUAAGAAAUGUUUUGUCUAUUUAUUACCAUACAGUUGUUCAUCCCAGCAGAUAUUCAGGCCAUGUACAUAUGAACUACAAUGUAUUGCUUAAUGAGUGAUUUUCAUUAUCCCUGAAGCCUAGUGAAUAGAGCUUCUAGCUAUUGUCGAGGAGGUCAUGUGUUAACCCUUUAAAACCUAAGAGUGAUCAGCAUGAACAAAACAGCCAUACAUUUUCUUGUAAAAAAAACCCUCAUUAAUACGGUCACCUGUUAAUAUGGCCAAAUUUUUUUGGCCCAUUGGUGACCGUAAUAACAGGGAACGUUCCACUGCAUUGCUGUCAAGGUUUUUCAGUUUAACAUCUACUCAACAACACAUGUGAAUGUUUUUUUUUUUCUCCAUAGAUCCCGCAGUGUGUCUCCACUUUCCUCCAGAAAACGGCAUGUUGGAAGCAGGGUAAUGCUUGCUUGUCCUGUCUUGUUGUAUGUUUCUCCAUUUUUUUGCCUUGAUGUAAAUAUAACUUUAAUUGUAAUAUAUUUUCUACCUGCAGGACAACCCCGAAAGCAGUAAUUGCUUGGGAAUUUUUGGAUUAAGUCUGUACACCACUGAAAGAGAUUUAAGACAAUACUUUGAGAAGUAUGGUAGUGUCGAGUCAAUUCAAAUAGUGUAUGAUCGUCAGGUAAGAAAUUUAUUUUGCUCAUGAUAUAUCAGUGAUACUUUAUAAUCCAUUAUAAGGCUAAAAUACACUGAUACAAAUGGGUUUACCUACAUGUGCUACUGAUCACAAGACAAAAAAUUACAGUUAACUAGUUCUCUUUUAAUGAACACCUGUAAUGAAUGAAUGAAAUCUCCUGGAUGAGAGGGCAACAGACAUGUUUACAUGGUAACACUAAGCUCAGAUGUCAGCAUACAUGGGCAGCCACUAUCAGUCCAUUUAUGUGCUUACUGUAACCCACCCAGCCUAUGAUAUAACACCCUGAAGUGGACACCUGGAGUUUGUUAGUAUCAUUACAGGGUUUUCAAUAAGGUUUUAAGUAGGUGGCAAAAGCUUUGGAGUAGGCGGAGAUGGAAAAAACUCAUGGCUCGACUUAAAAGUGCUGAAAGGGCAAGUUACUAGGGCUUCCGUCAGGGGGCAUGCCCGACCCUGGAAAAAAUUUGAAAUCUGGGCCUCUUAGAAUGCAUUUCUAGCAUUCUGGAGCAAAAAUUAGAGUGUUCGAACAAAACACAGACAUUGUUAAACUUUGACUUUUUUGUGGGUAAUUUCCAAAGAAAAGUAGGCCGCGAGUUCACGUGAAAUAGCCAGCGAAUUUCACCAGCUGUGGGCUCUUAUUGAGAACCCUGGCCAGUAUUCAGUUAUCUUCAGUGACUCAUAAAGAAUGACUCAGAUGACUGUACUCGUAUGUGCGAUAAUGGUUUAAUAAAUAAGCAUUUCUAAAGGUGUGAUUAAGGACAGUGGUGGAAGUUGUUUUGGAUCAAUUUAGGUUUCUGGGAAACAGCCCACCUACCCCUCCCCUAAGCUAGCAUUAACACUUACUUCUCACUUUGGGCAAAAUGAUGGCUUGGGGAAGGGGUAGGUGGGCUGUUUCCCAGAAACCUAAAAUGAUCUGUUGUUUUGUUCUCAUUCACAUCAUCGUUUUGUUUGUAAUACGUUGAAUCUUGUAGAGUGGCCGCUCAAGAGGAUUUGGAUUUGUGUAUUAUGAAGCAGUUGAAGAUGCUAGAGAGGUUGGUAAUUUGCUGCGCAAGUGUAUUUUAUAUAUUGUGCACAUCACUGUAGGAUUGAAAAGAAUCCUUUACUUUAAGGCUGUACAUGAGUACAAAUUGGGUCAAAAAUGAUUAGUCAUUUCUCAGAUAUUGUUAAUUUUAGCAUUACAAUAAUAAUUCUUAAGUAAUUUGCCCUCUUUUCCCUCAUUAAAUGUCCUUUUACUUGUUAAGUUUGUCAAACACAAUGCACCAGAUAACUUUAAUUCUUAUACAGGACAAUUCAGAAGUGGAUUUUGUCCUUAAAAACUCCUUGGAAAAAAGGUCUAAGGUCUGCAUAAACCAUGGGUGGUAAAACUGUUGCAAGCAGGAGCAAGAAUGGCCCAGUUGGCUAGUGCGCGUCCUUCGGUAUGCGAGGUCCCGAGUUCAAUCCCCGUUGACGUUACUUCCUUGUUUCAACUUCUCUCCUUUCUGUGUAGCUUUAACUGCUUUAAAUACCCUUAAAGGUCGGGUGCACACUUGGCGACAAGUUGCAGCAACAUGUCACAACAACACAUCACAGCGACAAAUUGCUUUGUGUGUACUGGAGAAUUUUUGUGAAAAUCUUUGUCUCGGCAACAGAAGUUUGUGGCAGCAACAUGUCGCAGAAAAUCAAAUCAGACAAAAUUUUUGUGACUUGUUGCGGCGACACAAUUCUGUUGCAGAGACAUAGAUUUUCACAAAAAUUCUCCAGUACACAAAGUGAUUUGUCACUGCGAUGUGUUGCCACAAUGUGUUGCAGCAACUUGUCGCCCGUCCUGUACACAUGGAGUGAUCUGUCGCCGCGACUUGUUGUGUCAACUUGUCACCUGGUGUGUUCCGACCUUAAAAUGGAGCAUUGAUGUAGAGAGGGGGGUAAAAUGAGCCCACUGUCGAUCUCAAGUUUAUCAGUUGAAUUACUGUCAUGAGAUAUUGAUGUAAAAUAUUGUUGCUUUACCUUAAACCUUUACCUUUUACUCUUAAUUUAACAAGAAAUAAAUAUUGAUGGGAGUAUUAACAUUUAUUAUUAUUGUCUUUUAGGCUAAAGCAAGCACUAAUGGUUUAGAAAUUGAUGGUCGGCGUAUACGAGUGGAUUACUCCAUCACCAAACGGGCUCACACACCUACUCCUGGGGUCUAUAUGGGAAAACCUACACAGUGAGUGUCACUUGCUAGCCUCUAUUCAUAUUGAGCUAAGGGUGAGGAAAAAUUGGCUGGGAAGAGGCUAAGUUCUAUUUUGUAAUUUUAUGGACCAAGAUAAAGUCAAAAUCAGUAAUAAUACAGAAAAAAGUGUCAGGGAUAAUGAAAUCAGCAUGUACUUAAUUGAAUGUAUUAGGUUGGGCUCAUGAAAAGUUCUGCGUCUGAACCAGGCCUUACAACUUCCUCUGUUGCUCAUUCCUUGACUUUUGCUUCUAAGGCACAGAAACUAUCGUAAGAGUUACUAUGAUGACUACAGUCGUGAUAAAGAGUAUUAUGCCAAGGAUCGACAUCGUGACUACUAUGGUAGUGGAUAUGGUUAUCGCUCUCGCUCCAGAUCCUACUCCCCACGUAAGUGGAUAUUAUACAGCAAUAAUAAUAUGAUUAUGAAUUUAUUUUUUUCCUUCCUGAUGUGA